GACGCGUUGCGCUUUCCGGAAGAAGCUCGCUGCGGCUUUCUGCGGGUUUUGUUUGAAAGGUUGUUGAUUGUUGUCGUUUUGUUUUAGCUGUGAGUGAAGGAGGGAGGUGUGAUGAGCGGCUCGCUGUGUGCGGUGGCUGUGAUGCGGGUCUCUGCGGUGCUGCGGGACUGCGUGGAUCAGCUCGCCGUGUUGGGACACAUCAUGUCCGGGACUCAGAGAGACACAACCGCCGCUGCUGCUGCUGCUGCUGCCACAGUCUCGGAGGACAUCAGCGCGGUCCUGGAGCAGCAGAGAGCCGCGGAGUUUCACCUGAAGGCGGCGCGCGGAGGCCGGGUCGAGGCCGGGGGUGUGACGGAGGCCGUACAGGAGCUGCACAGGACACAGCGCGAGCUCGAGCGCACACUGAGGGACAGUACGAUCUCCUCCGAUUCCAUCGGCAAAGUGCAGAGCGACCGGAGGUUUGCGGCUCAGCUGAUCACCAGACUGCUGACAGAGCUGAUCGAGGAAGGAACGUUCCACAGCCUGAUCCACACUGUGGAGGAAGAGAAGAGGAUCAAAGCUCAGCUGCAAGAUAUAAUCACCAGUGAAGAAGAGGAUCGUCUCCGGAUCAAAACCCUGCAGAAAGAGUUACUCGACAUCUGCAAAGAAACAACGCUCCAGAUUCAGGAGCGUGACAAAAUGGCGGCGCACCUCGAAGAUCAGCUGCAGGAAUGGAAAAUGAAGAAAAGCCUGCAGGAGAAGUACAUGAGUAACAGCACUCAGCUGCUCGUCUAUCAGGGACAGAAACUGAACAACCACAACGAGAAGCAGCUGGAGGCUGAGAUCGAGAUGCUCAAGAAGAAGCUGAAGGAGGAGGAAAAGGCUCACGAAGAGCUGGAGGUUUUUCUUAAAAACAAUCAGACAAGUCUGGAGGAAAAGCUGGAGUACUGGAUGGAGCGCUACGAUAACGACACGGAGGACAAACAGCGAGAGCUGAACACUUUAAAGACCAACAAGUCCAACAACGUGGAGCAGCUACAGGACCUGGCUAAGAAAUACCGAGACAGCGAGCAGGUGAUUAUCGAGGACAGACUGGAGAAGGAGAAGCUGCGCAAACAGCUGGAGAAAGAACAGCUGCAGAGGAACGCAGCUAUAAAGAUUCAGUCGUGGUGGAGAGGAACGCUGGUCAGAAAAGGUCUCGGUCCCUUUCAAAAGGCGAAGAAACCCAAGCAGAAAAAAGAGGGCAAAAAAGGGAAGAAGAAGAAGUAGUGAAGUGAUGAAAAGAAAAAAAAGAAAACCACAAAAAAUCAAACACGUGGCAGAAAUGGGAACUUUAUUAAUUCAUUUUAUAAUAAAUCCAAAUGUUCAGAAAAUACUUUUAAUAUUUUACUAAUUUUGUAACAUUACAGUAAAAGCUUUGAUGGGACAAUUAAACAAGAAAUGCUGUUUAAAAAAAAAAAAAAAAAAAAAAAGAAGAAGAAGAAGAAGAAAAUGUCCACGCUGUCUGAUUGAAGUAUGUAGUGCAUCCUCGUGUGUGUGUGUGUGUGUGUGUGUGUGUGUGUGUGGUCAGCGGUACAUACUUGUAAACGUAUGGAAUGUAUUAAUUUACUGUACAGACACGCAGGUGAAAACCCUGCAGAAGGGUCAACAUCAUUUCUGCUGGGGAAGAACCCUAGGUCAAAAUAAAACGAAUAAUAAUAAUAAUAAAAAAAAAAUAAUAAUAAUAAUACAAAAACA